AUGUUCUCGGGUCGGGCAGACACCUUCGGGUUCGUGUCCGUCGGGAAGCGAAGCGCUCGAGCCGAAGUGGGCCGCGUGUUCCGCAGGUUCGGGUCCCACCGCCUCGCCCGGGCUCCAAAUGGCUUUCGUAACGGCGCUACGAAGAAUGGCUCACGUGAGGUUACGAGAGUACCCGUGGAGGACCGCGGCAGUAACUUCGGCCGCCCGGCUGACGGCUCAGCGGGGUUCACCGGCGGCUCACGGUUGGACAACAAGGUGACGGUGACCUUCAUCAACAGAGACGGGGAGAAGGUCACGGCGAAGGGGUCGCCCGGAGACUCUCUGCUCGACAUCGUCAUUAACGAAGACCUCGACUUUGAUGGCUUUGGGGCGUGCGAGGGAACCCUGGCGUGCUCCACCUGUCAUCUCAUCUUCACCGAGGAGGUCUACCAGAGUCUGGGCCCGGUCACGGACGAGGAGAUGGACAUGCUGGACUUAGCCUACGGCUUGACGGACACAUCUCGUCUGGGUUGCCAGAUCUGUCUGACGAAGUCUAUGGACGGCAUCGUGGCCAAGGUCCCGGAGAGCGUCGCCGACAUCCGCCAGAGCCAAGACGGGUCCUCUUAACGUCUCCGCCGGCGCACCGGAGGAGGGGGGAGGUCGCCACGCCAGGUCAGAACGGAGGCUCGCCUGUCGACCCGACUGCCUCAGGAGUGUUUCCUCCUCUUUUUUUAAACAACAAAAAACUCCAACUCGCAGACAUCGACAAUCCGCUCUCAAUAACCAGGAUGUGAGAAUUUGGACACGCAUGAAGACCAAAUCAUUUUAAAAUAGUCAAGAUACUCACUGAACCACGAGAGGACUUUGUAGCGUGAGGCGUCUCAUCCCAACACGAGAUCACCCGUCCUGAUUUUAGGAGUCACAUGUAUUAACUCUCUAGUUCACGGCCGUGCCUUUCAUCACCGAACAAAGUGUCUCUGUAAGUAUGACCCGAGGUAUAAAGUCAUAUUCACUAAAGAAGGUAGCAACAGUUCUCUCACACACGCACGUAUACCCCUAUUGUCUGAUCAGAUUCACCAUAUAACCAUUUAAUUUCAGAUGUGAUUGUACAUAGCUAGAACACACACGUGUGUGUUUACAUAUAUAUCUAUAUUUCAUGUAUAGAGGGAAAAAUGAUGUAAUAAAAAUGAUUACCUUGCUAA